GAAACAAGAUGGACGACGAUGCACACGAAGGCGAUAUCUGCAGGGUUUGUCGCGCUGAAGGGACACAUGAUAAGCCUCUGUACCACCCAUGUAUAUGCACGGGAAGCAUUAAAUUUAUACAUCAAGAAUGUUUGGUACAGUGGCUUAAACACAGUAAAAAAGAAUAUUGUGAAUUAUGCAAUCACCGGUUUGCAUUCAAACCAAUUUACGCACCAGACAUGCCCAACAGACUUCCUGUCAAGGAUUUUGUUGGUGGUUUAGUAACAAACAUUCUUAGAGCUCUAAAAUAUUGGCUUCAUUACACACUGGUUGCCUUGGCAUGGCUGGGAGUUGUACCUAUUACAGCAUAUCGUAUAUACAGAUGCCUAUUUGCUGGAUCUGUCAAUUCUCUUCUUACUUUGCCAUUAGAUAUGUUGUCCACAGAAAAUCUAUUUUCAGACUGUAUACGAGGCUGUUUUGUGGUAGCCUGUACACUGUGCGCAUUCAUUAGCUUAGUUUGGUUACGGGAACAGAUUAUCACAAAUGGUGGCCCUGCAUGGCUGGAGCCUAAUGCUGAUCCUCUUCCUCAACUUAAUGUUAUAAACAAUGAUCCUGGGGGUGGUGCUGAGAAUGCAGCUGCUGAGGGAGGUGGGGGUGGGGAGAAUGUUAACCAGCCUCAAGAUAUUCCAGAAGAAGAAGGGAACAAUGGAGCAAAUCAAGAUGCAGAAAAUGGAGCUCAAAAUGGUGAUGAUGAUGCAAAUUGGAAUCCUGUGGAAUGGGAGAGGGCUGCAGAAGAACUUACAUGGGAGAGGAUGCUUGGGCUGGAUGGGUCUUUAGUAUUUUUGGAGCAUGUUUUCUGGGUGGUUUCUCUGAACACAUCCUUUAUUUUGGUCUUUGCCUUCUGUCCUUUUCACAUUGGGCAGUUUACAGUUAUUCUAUUAUCACUUGAGGAAGUGUUUCAGUCAUCGAAAUUUGAAGGUCUUUUAACUGCAGUUCUAGGAUAUGUGAUUAUUGCCUUCUCUCUAAUAUUGUGUCAUAGUGUAGCAUCUGUGUGUGGAUUGAGAAGACCGAAAAGAAUAUUGGGGUUGUGCUAUGUAGUAGUUAAGGUUUCAUUGUUAAUGUUGGUAGAGAUUGGAUUGUUUCCAUUGGUGUGUGGAUGGUGGUUAGACGUAUGCUCACUGUCUCUGUUUGGAGCUACAUUGAAAGACAGACUUCUAAGUGUUGAUUCGGCACCAGGUACAGCCAUGUUCCUUCACUGGCUUGUUGGUAUGGUGUACGUGUUCUACUUUGCUUCAUUUGUUCUCUUGCUCAGAGAGGUCCUCAGACCUGGUGUCCUGUGGUUCUUGAGAAAUCUGAAUGAUCCUGACUUUCAUCCAGUCCAAGAGAUGAUACGACUCCCUGUGUACAGACAUGCAAGAAGGUUUUUGCUGUCAUUGGUUGUGUUUGGCACCACGGUGCUCCUUAUGAUGUAUCUUCCUGUCCGACUCAUUAAAUGGCUGUUUCCAAGUUUCUUGCCGUACAAUGUCCAGUUAUUCAGUGAGGUUCCCGUAAGCGAGUUAUCCCUUGAGUUGCUACUACUUCAGGUUGUGUUACCAGCUUUGUUGGAGCAGGGUCAUACCAGACAAUGGCUGAAAAAUGUCAUGCGUGGCUGGGCUGUUGCCGCAGCCUUCGUCCUAAAUCUUAGAUCAUACCUGUUAGGGGACGUGCCUCUGGAUGGAGCAGAAAAUGUGUAUGGAUUGCAUUUAAGUUACCGUGUUGAUCAGAGGAAUGCUGGAAAUGGCCCUCAAGUAAACGCUGCCGGUCAGAAUGCAGUGCAGGCUCAGCCAGCUGCUGGUAAUGCUGCGGGGGGUGGUGGAGCUGCUCUCGGAUUUCAGCCGUAUAUCAGACCACGUAUGUUCGCUUUCAAGAUAUUGUUGCUUGUCGUGUUGAUGUGUGUUUCGCUGUCUUUUGCAAGUUUUGUGACUUUAACUGGACCAGUUUUUAUUGGCCGAAGCGUGAUGCUGCUGUGGAUGGGUGAUGCCGCUGUACACGAGCUGUAUACAGCAGCAUGUGGUUUGUAUAUUAUAUGGCUUGUUUGCCGAAUAGGCAGUGUACUCACCUCCUGGAUACCUCUUGGCUGCAAGGGUGUUGCUUUGAAAUUCUUCGAGUGGUUUCUCUUGGGUCUCAAGUGUGUUAUCGUAGCCCUCGCUCUUAUUGGCUUGGUACCAUUAUUGUUGGGCCUUCUGUUUGAGCUCGUCGUGGUAGCGCCUUUGCGAGUCCCUCUCGAUCAGACCCCUUUGUUUUUUCCGUGGCAGGACUGGGCAUUGGGUGUGCUUCACAUGAAGAUUAUAUGUGCUGUUACCAUGAUGGGACCAAACUGGUGGCUUAAGAGAGCUUUAGAACAGGUAUAUCAAGAUGGUGUUCGGAACAUAAAUGUGGUGUUUAUAUUUCGACACGUGACCUUACCCGUCGUAUGUUGUCUUCUAUUGGCUGUCUCAUUCCCUUACGUCACCGCUGCCGGAGUUAUACCCAUAUUUGUGCGAUCACCUGACACUCGCUUGUUCUGUCUCCGCCGUAUUUACCCAUUCCUGUUGGCCAUGUUCAUCCUGAUUGCGGGCUUUAUAUUUCAAGGACGUCAAUUCCGCCUUUUGUACGAACGAAUCAGGAAUGAUAAGUACCUUGUCGGCCAGAAACUGGUCAACUAUGAGCAUGGCAAACGCCCAACUAAGGUUCCUACCAAAGCAAUGGCUGAUACCGGGUGAAUAAUUCAUCUUCUUGAAGUGUUCACAGUUCGUACGGAAUCACGGAUAGCACCAAUUCGUCAACAGUCACACAACACAGGAUAUUUUAUAAGCAUAGCGUAACAACCGUAACGCAACAAGGCAGCUCUUAUAAAGAUAUAAAAUAAGGACAUACACGAUAGCGAAUUUUAAAAUGGCGCUACUCUGUGCAGAGUUCGUUGUUUGUAUUUGCCGUUAGUCUACUGGUAGAAGGGAAAUUAUGCGAGCUUGAGAUUCCAUUAUUUAUUAAUUUCCCAAAAUGUGUGCGAUCAAUUGUUAGGAAAAAGAAACUCGGAUUGAAACAAACGUGAGUGUAACCGUGAGAGAGAGCGAUAUGCGUUACAUGUUGCAUGUGUAGUAGUUUUAUUAUUAGUCACAAUUAGAAAGUUUAUAAAUGAUGUAAAAAGUCAAAAAGUUUACCAGGGAUUAAUUCACUUCUUUUGAGAAAUUCUUCAGUUCUGUAGGAAAAUAACACCGACAAUUAUCAACUACAGACAUCGGCAGACUUGUGUUUGAAGUUUAACAAGGUGGCUUGUUUCAGGCGUACAAUGAAGUGGUAAAACGGAGCAGGACAGUUAACAGCGCGAAUCGAUCCGAAUCGACCCGACCCGACCCGACCUGACCCGAACCUCCUCGCUUUUUCACUCCUCUGCGACUAUCGUGCUUCGUUCUACUAACUGAACGUCUAGAACAGGCUAUUUAAAAAUCGACUUCAUCUUGCAAGUGGAAACUUAUGUGGAAUGAUUUAUAAGGUUUGAAAAAAAAAUUGGUGCGUUUCGUCAGUCAGUGUAAAAUGAUAGGCUAACGGUUGAUUCAUAUUUGUACAUUUUUUAUUCAACUCGGGGAGUCGAGGAGUGAAAAAACGAGGAGGUUGGGGUCGGGUCGGGGUACAAGGAGUCUUCGCGCUAGAGCGACCGUCGACCUUCGCGGGAUGUGAAUUGCCGUCGCAGGAUGUGAGUGAUCCUCGCGGGGUAGAAUUGCAUCUUAGGAAAGUACGAGCCUUGAAGGAAACACUCCUUUUGAUUCCAUGACUUUCGAUAGACCCUUAUCAUCCCUAUGGCUUUGAUUUUAAGGAGAAGUCUUGCAUUUGUGAAUUUAAUCAGACUACGGAACUGUCAGCUUAUGAAUACUUAAUGAUAGAGAGAUUAAGUGUAAAUAGAAGUCUAUAGGUCUAUUGUUAUUUUGUUAGAGCUUUAAACAUUUCUAGGGAUAUGAAGGCUUAGAAAGAGGUCAUAAUAAACUGUUUUUAACUCGCCAACAAA